CCUGGAGAGGAUCUGGGUGCAAACGGGUUUAUUCUGUGCAUGUGUCAUUUUAACUCGUGUCUGAAUGAGGAUAUGUGUGUUUGGGGGUGGCUACAAAUGGACAGUCCCAUCCAGGAAUGUCUAAGUAGAGUCCCCCAAGAUCUUGUCUAUCUUCCUCUUCCUUAGGAUUUCCGUAACCACCCUCCCACCAUCUACUGUCACCAGAGUCUUCUCCUUGAGGGCAGGACUUCUCCGAAUUGGGGCAAUGUGAGAAUCUGCAAAUAUGUACACCGGAGCAUUUAGCUCAAAACCUCGGGGUUUGUGGGGCUCGCAGGUCCGGAGCUUGGGUUCCCAGUCGGGCAUAUCCGGGAGGGUGAAUCUGCGAAUAGGCCUCCCUGCAAGAUCCAACUCCGCAUCUGCGAGCCUCCAGCCCAGGUGCGCGAGAGGGAGGUCAUGGCUGUGUCGCGCAAAGCUCCGCGCGACCGCGAGGUGGCUCCAUAACUGCAGCAGAACCCGCCGGCCCGGGCCGCUCCAGAUAAGAGUGUGCGGAAAGCGCGGCGGGGCUGAGACGCGACCAGGACGUGGGGAGGACGGACCAGCAGGACAGACCGACCGGGGGCCCGGCGGGCGGAGGGCAGCACAGCGCAGCCACGUCCCCCCUGGAUCCGCCGGCAGCCGGGCCCGGGGCUUCCGACAUGCCCCCCAGUUCGGCGCCUGGCAGCGGGGCGGGUGGGGCACGGGCAAGGAGCUGCCACCACCGCGGGGAGGGAAGCCCGGUCGGGCUGCGGCCGCAGCCUCCUGCCCCGAUAUAACGCCCUCCCCGCGCCGGGGCCCGGCCUUCGUGCUCUGCCCGCCACGGCAGCCGCUGCCUCCUCUCCUGGUGCCGCGGCCGCCGCCCGGGCCCCAACUGAGGGCCUGA